CGACCAUCUCGUCGCCAACCCCACAAAAUUUCCCAUUCUUCACCUCAUUUCGCCAACCACCAGUAUCCCUCUGCAGACAAUCCAUAGCAGACUCCGUCUUCAAUUCACUUACACUCUAUUCGCCCAUCGCAUUUCUACUGCCCACAUCACCGAACGCGUCGACAACUUCCCACCGAGCCACGCCUGCGCACGCCAUUGUCUUUAUCCACGUUGUCGAAGGUGCGAAGGUGAAGUAGACUGGCAACCUCUGUAGCCUGGUGCUGGAGGAAAGGGGACGUUCACGAGGCCAUUCACAACUUCGCAUUCCGCAUCUCCCGAACGCCCAUGCUGCAAACAACUCUACUUUUCUCGACAAAAUUCUCCUAGGCCUCCCGACACCCCAUCGAGUCGCCUCCGCCUUCGCAGGGCGCCGACAUCGAAACAAUGUCCUCCUUCCUAACACCCACCAAGAAGUCCCAAAAGCCGGCUGCCAAGUCGAAGCCUUUCCAACCACCAAACCGCAUUCGAGCCAUUCGCGAGCAAGCCGAACGCCAGCAAGCUAGUGCCGCCGCCGCCGCAGCCAACGCUGCUGCUCAGGCACAACAGAACCGAGCAAGACCCCCUACUGUCGCCAUCUCGAAUCGUCCACAAUGUCCGAACAAGGCCUGUGUCAAGCCCAAUGUCGUCGACGGCAUCUGUCAAACCUGCGGUCGAGUCGCCGAUGACAGCAACAUUGUUGCCGAAGUUCAGUUUGGCGAGACCUCUUCCGGUGCCGCCAUGGUACAGGGAAGCUAUAUCGCCGCUGACCAAGCUGGUGUGAGGAGCAUGGGCCCAGCCUUUCGCCGCGUUGGUGGCUCCGACGACAGAGAGAAGACCAUCCGCGAGGCUCGCGCCCUGAUGCAGGGUUAUGCUCAGCGCCUCAAUCUCAGCGAUAACACUGUCAACACCGCUGUGCAGUGUUUCAAGCUCGCCUCCCAGUCAGGUUUCACGCAGGGUCGAAAGAUCAUCACCGUCGCAGCUGUCUGCCUCUACGCUGCAUGCAGAAUGGAAAGGCCGUGUCGCGUCAACGUGUUUGUAUUAGGAAGAACCUUCAAGGCGUUGACCAGGACUCUUUGCCUCUUCCCAAGCGGAGAGUCUCCGGUCUUCCCGGAAGACAUCAUCUACCGAUUCGCCUCCAAGCUCGAAUUCAAGCAUAUGACCAAUCGAGUCGCCGAAGAUGCUGUCCGCCUUGUCCGCCGCAUGAAGCAAGAUUGGAUUGUCAUGGGCCGUCGUCCGUCUGGUAUCUGUGGAGCGUGUCUUCUGAUGGCUGCGCGGAUGCACAACUUCCGGCGAACCGUUCGAGAAGUUGUUUAUAUUGUUAAGGUCACGAACCACACCAUCCAGGAACGUCUCGAGGAGUUCAACGUGACGGAGACCAGUAAAAUGACGGUAGAAGACUUCUUGUCCCAAGAUUUCGGCUCUAGCUCUCACGACCCCCCGUCUUUCUACCGGAACACCGAGGCUUGGCAAGCGCAACAGGCAGAGCUUGGCAAGAAGCGUAAGCGAACUAUCAUAGACGACGGUGAUAACAACAGAACGACACCUGCGCCCUCUCUGCCACCGCCUGAUCUGUCUGCAGCGCCGACUAUUGAGUAUCGCCGAGAUAAGGACGGCUACAUUAUCCCCCCUCUCCCGUCGAAAAUUGCCGUCAACGAGCCAGCUUUAAGGGAUGCUAACAGCACCCAACAUCUUGAGGGCCUGGCUCAAGAAUUCGGCGACGCCGAGAAGGAAAACGAAGAGUCAUCGCAGACGGAUGCUGGUAGUGAAAAGACGCGGCAACCGAAGCCGUCGUUGCCAAUCAACGAAGAGUGGGAGGAAGAUGAGGCCGAGAUGGAAGAUCAGAUCUCGGAAAUUAUGAAUGAUCCCGAGACCUACGAGCACGCCAAAGCUUUCAGCAACGCCGAGCAACGAGCUCGCAUCCACUCGAUCUGGGCCCUUCAGCAGCAACCAGACAAGGCUGUCUCAAUGGCGCCGGAGGUUGGCGAAGACGAGUUCGCCGAUGAUCCCGAAGUUGCGAACUGCAUGUUGACUCCUGAUGAGAUCAAGAUCAAGGAGCUUCUGUGGGUCAAUGAAAACAAAGACUGGCUGCGCGCGUCGCAGGAGCGUCUGUUCCGCAAGAAGCUGGAGGAGAAGAAGCCUAAGAAGGAUCGCAAGCGGAAGAAGCGCCCUCGUAUUGGCGAAGGCCAGACGACACCUGCCAGCACACCGGGCGAGGCUGCUGUGAAUGUCAUGAAGGAGCGUGGUUUUUCGAAGCGCAUCAACUACGAGGCUAUCCGGCAGAUGUUCGACGUCGCUGGUCAAGGUGACCCUGGCUCCCGGCCUGAGAGUGAAGCUGCGAGCCGUCCUACGAGUAAGGCGCCUAGUGUUGUGGAUGACCACUACGACGAAGAAGAAGAGGAAAUCGAGCCCAUUGAUGGCGACGGGGGCCAUGAGCACCAAGACGACGAGUACGGUGGUGGGGAUGACUACGAUGACAUGGGCGACGAAUCCCACAUGUACGAUGAGGACGAUCAGGGGAUGGGCGAAGACGAUGACGACGACGACUUUGGUCUCAACGACGACGAUGAGUGAGCAUACUCAGUCGCGCAAUGUCUUGUCUUUUAGGAAUUGGGCCAAUCGUGGAGGAUGGCUUGCUUGUGUUUGAUACCCCAUGAGCUUCGAAUUUGUCGAGGCCCGGCUGCGCUGCCCAUGCACAUGAUUGCGCGUCUUAUGGAUAGAGCAUCUUAGAC